AUGGUGCUCGACCCCCUCAGUGCUGUGAGUCUGGUGGUGAACGUCUUUGACCUGAUCAAUCACAGCAUCAACCUAGUCUCCAAGGCGCGAGAAGUCCAUCAAUUCGGGGCAGACAGCGAGACCGUGGACAUUGAGGCGACGACAAAGGACCUCACGGAACUGACGGGCAAACUUCAGCAGAAUAAACCUCCGGACGAGAACGAGCAGCCACCGGCAUCGCACGAGCCAGCCCUGGACACCAUCUGCCAGGGCUGCAGGGACGUCGCACAGGAGCUUCUCGAGGCACUAUCCAAGGUGACGGUGGAAGGGAAGACCAGCAAAUGGAAGAGCACGAGAAAGGCCCUCCGAAGUGUAUGGAGCAAAGAGAAGAUAUAUGCCAUUGAGAAGCGGCUAAACACAUAUCGAGACGAGAUCAACCUCCGGCUGAUUGCAGACCUUAGAGAACGAGUCGACCUUCUCGCCCUCCAGCAGCUAUGCCUCUCUGACCUCCAGCGCGACAACACCAAAAUCAUUGUCGACGCCAUGAUCAAUGACCGGCACAUCCUGCAACGGGCACUCCAGUCACAAACCGCCGACACCAGAAAAGCCAUAGCAGAGGAGCAGGCCAAGACCAGCAUGGCCAUGGUAGGCGCCGUGCAGGCCGCGGGGAGCAACAGCCAAGAGGAGCAAAGGGUCAUCUUUCGGCAGAUUUUUGAGGUGAAGGGGGCUAUAGAGCAGAUCAAAAACGAUAUCCGCAAAAAGGAUGAAGAAUUUAAGGAGACGGUGUUGGCCUACAUCGCCUCUCACAGCCCCAAGAAGCGAAAGGCGCUCAAAGAGAAGAGUAACCUCAUAUCUUCGGCAUUGGUGUCGCUGGAAACAAUAUAUAGAAGUUUGCAGGUCCUCCUUGCAAGUCUACAAGGCAGAGUCAAGUCUCUCCUUGCGCCACUCAACACAUGCCAGCUUUGGAAUGCCGUACCGUUUCCAGCUCCUGCUUUUCCUCCUGGCACAGGGACCAUACAGUCCUCCGACACGGCGCGGAUGCUUUACUAUGCCUACUACUACCUCAGUCUUGUACGCGGGGAUCUAGUGCGGACAGACAUCCACACCAUCUGGCCCCUGCAGUCGGAGAGAUACGACGAGCUGGUAUCCGACGGCGCGCCAAACAGGAUGUACGCAGUCGAGGCGGCAGAGUGGUUGCAGCUAAAGGACAGUGGCCCAUUGAAUCCUUCGUCGGGCAUGUCUUGGACCUGGCGCAUCGACGGGCGGUUGCGCGAGCUAUCCCCUGGCUCUUUGGCGUAUAACUUUGUCUGGGGAAUGGCCGUGAUCGCAGCGACCAUAUCAGAAUGCAUCGACGAGACACCCUCACAAGGUGUCGAGGUCGAGGGCGACGUUCACCUCACCAUCUUUUCGCGCCUCUUCGACGAACGAUAUCGCACAUCCGAGCAAAAGUUCACACACGCAUCUAUCUCGGCACCCCAUCUCCGCAAAGAUGUCAAAGUAUGGCAAUCGGUUGGAGAAAUGACCCAUCUCCGAUCCAAAGUCGCCGAAUGGCUAGACGAGGAAAUGGGCAUGUUCGCAAAGGAACGUCGGCUCACCCCCGGGCGACGGCGGGUGAUUCUGGACAUGAACGAGAUACAAGAGCUAAUCAACGUACUGAUCCUUCUGACGGACAGGCAACCAGACCAGCACGGCAUCACGCUGUCUUCGGUCAAAGUGUGUGCCGUGACGAACGUGCUGGCACGGUGUGGGAUCAAUGUGCCACUGAGAAAGGGUGGGAUUGUGCCCCUGAUUGCGCACCCAGAUAGGUAUGCGGAAAUAUCGCUUUGA